AAAUUGUCAAAUGAAAGUUACACUGAUUCAAGUUUAAGGUAAAAAGGUAAAAAUUGCAGCACUAUAAAGUACAAUUUGAUGAAAUCAAAAGAUUGGAUGAAAAUUGAUACACACACUCUAUUAAGUUCAAGGUGGAAGAAAAAAACACACAAUAUUUUCCCAGUUCUGAAUUUAAAAGAAAAUUCAUGGAAGUCCUGGAAUUUCUUUCUUUCUAAAAACUGUACUUUGGCAAUGGUACCUUCCUUACGGGACUAGGCGUCGGUAGUCCAAUAUUCAACACCCUGCGUUAAACCUACGACUUGAAGACUGUAAGACUAAGAGUAAGGCACCGAUAUUGUAAGAAAAUUUCUUGGUCAACAGAAGGGUGUCGGUCGUUCAAAAUGUUGGACUCUUCUAAAUCUCCUCCACACUGCAUUAAAUGCAGUGAUUGCAAUGGAAAAACCAAGCUCCAGCAUCUGAUUCCCAUUUCCGUUCUAAGAUCCUCAUCAUUUUGAUCUCAUAAGAUUUAUCCGAACUUCUCAUAAUUGUUGAAGAUCCCACAUUAGAAAAAUCAAAAAACCCCAUAAUCUUUAUAAGUAGAUGGACUACUUCUCUCAUUGUCGGUUAGUUGUGAAAUGGAGCUUCAUGUUUUCUAAUAACACUAUAUUAGGAAUGAAGACCGUCCAAGUAUGUCUAUAAUAGUAUGAUAUUAUCCACUUUAAAUAUAAGUUUACGUGACUUUAUUUUAGUUUCUUCACCCAAAAGACCCCUAACAAAUUUUGAAAAAUUACUCUUUUUUUUUUGUUCUAGAUUUUCCUUAUGACGAAUCUCAUCCCAUCAUAAGAUUUCUCUGAUCUCCCGACACUUGUUGAGGAUCCCACAUUCAAGGGACCCCACAAUUUUCUAAGAUAGAUGGAUUGCUUAUCUCAUUGUUGAUUGAUUGUGAGAUGGAACUCUAUAUUAUCUAGUCACGCACUCUUAGGAACGAAGACACUCUACAUACCUGCAUAACAAUAUGAUAUUAUCCACUUUAAACAUAAGCCUACUUGAUUUUGUUUUUAGUUUCACCCAAAAGACUUCCCUGAUUUUCAGAAACUAAAAAACAGAAAUCAUAUAGUUAUCAGGAACAAUAAUUUACAACUUUACUGUGUCAAGUAACAUGUCUUUUUGGGUUGAAAUUUUGGAAGUUACGGAUUUUCCUUUUUUUUUCCCCACAGAUAAAAGACCAGCAUCUAAGUUAUCAAAUCUCAUCCUAAAUUGUCUAGUUUCUGUUUAAGAACCUAACGCUGACUAUCAUUUUUCUGAGACAGAAAAGUUAUCUGACCUAGUCAGCAUUAAAUGGUAUGUUGAUGCUACCCACAUGGAAUGGUUCAGACAUGGCCCUCCCAGAAGCUUCGGUGCAAUUUCUGAUGUACGUCCCUAACUUGAUAUAAGAUCCGUCCCAGCUCUCAUUUGGCUCUAUCCGAAUCCUCGAGUUCACAUAAGUAUUUGUUUACCACUCGAAAUAGUGGGAACAAAAGGAAAAUAUUAACACAGGUUUCAACAAUUCGUCCUGAUGAUGCUAAAGUUAUUCAUCGCUCUGCUCCAAAAGAGCCUCUCUCCACUGCUAUCUAAAGAAUCUAAACCCGAAAGUUUUGACGAAGAAUUCGAAGCAGCACUUACAGUACCAAAAGACGUGGAAGAAGGCCAUUUUGUGGUAUUUGCAGUUGAUGGUGAUGAGAGAAAGAGGUUUGUCAUUAAUUUGGAGUUCUUGUCUAACCCUGAAUUCUUAAGGCUAUUGGAGCUGGCAAAGGAAGAAUAUGGAUUCCAACAAAAGGGAGCUCUAACAGUCCCUUGUCCGCCUGAGGAACUACAGAAGAUUGUCGAAGAAAGAAGAAAACAAAAAAGUGGGGAGUGGAUUGCAUCUAGUGUUCAUAUCAUCACUAGCUAUUAGGCAACUACAAAAUGCACCUCCUUCUUUUUUUCUUCUUCGUUUCUGCACAGUUGAAAUACAAAUGUCUACACAAUUAUCAAA